AUGUCUUUCUGCCUGGAAGAUGCAAAUGAGAUUGAUGGCUACAAUAAUGAGCAUUUUGUCACGCAGCAUUAUCUGCUUAGAGAAUUGGCUAUCCAUCAGAGCAGCCAAAAGAGCGUAGAACAGAGGGAAAAAUUAAUUAUGGUGAUAAGAGGAAAUGACCUCCCCAACUGGUCCAAUGACAAUGAACAAAAACAACCAACCUUUGAUGCCUGCCUCUUGUCUAUCUCAACAGAUGAAACAUUCUCCUCAAGCUGGUAUAGCAUGCAACUACCUGAAAUUGAAGUUCUAAUAUUGAACUUCCGGACAAGAAACUACAGCCUGCCCAAAUUCAUGGACAAAAUGGACCGUCUGAAGGUUCUCAUCAUUACAAAUUAUGGUUUCCAUUCAACUGAACUAAGCGAUUUUCAGCUACUUGGUCAUUUAUCCAGUCUGAAGAGAAUCAGACUAGAGCAUGUUUCAAUUUCUUUCCUUAGUGAAUCCACAUUACAGUUCAGGAAUUUGCGGAAGAUAUCCUUGAUUUUGUGUAAAAUUGGCGAGACCUUUAGGAAUUGUACGGUCGAAUACACCUAUAUGUUCCCAAAUCUUGUGGAGAUUGAUAUUCAUUGUUGCAGUGAUCUAGUGGAACUGCCUGAGGGGCUCUGUGAUAUUAUCUGCCUUGAGAAGCUCAGCAUCACUAAAUGUAAUGACCUGGAUGCACUUCCCCAAAGACUUGGAAGACUAACAAAUUUAGAAGUGCUGAGGCUUCAUUCCUGUACAGGACUAAAGGGCUUGCCGGAUUCAGUUGGAAACCUCCAUAAAUUAAGGUUCCUCGACAUAUCUGACUGUUUAUUCAGAAGCAAAUUGCCAACACGGAUAGGUGAGCUGUGUGGUCUGGAAAAGCUCGACAUGAGAGGCUGUCAACUGCGUCAGUUGCCACAGUCAGUCAAGGAUCUUGGGGAAUUAAAGGAGGUGAUAUGUGAUGAAGACACCGUCGAUCUUUGGGAACCGUUUAAGAUUCAUCUCAACAAUCUGAAGGUAACUGUGCUUUAG